GGCAACUGAGAAACAAUUUAUGUUUAUAUUUGUUUAUGUAUUGGUGCUGUUGAUUAUUUUACGUUGACAGUAAUGUCUCUUGACUAAUUACCUGUUACAACCGUAGAAAGGUCUGUCUGAGCAGCAGUGCAUGUCAAAUGUUUGAAUGGCAGAGUCAAUUAAUGAGCCGGUAUAUAAAAUAGAGGAUUUUCAUUAACUGUUGACAACACUCCUUGAUUGUCGACAUUAUUACACAACUCCACAAAGCGGAAAAUUGGUUUCUUUGGGUUGGUCUCGUGGCUUUCGCACUACUUGAAAGACUGCAAAAUUCUGUGCAGUUGGCUUGCGUUUGGACCCUCAUAGAGCAACCCACUUGUGUCAGAAUGCAGGGUGGCAUUCACCACUAUAUCACAGGAAUAAGAAGAGAAUUGGCAAAAUACCAUACGGAAAAAUGGAACUAAUAACCUAGUUUAACACCUGGAUACUUCUUUUUCCAAUCAUGCCGGAGAACCUCAUAUGUUAGUUGUAUUUGUUAUUACUAAAAAAUUCUCAUAUUAGGAUAUUAAAAAUGGAUGUGUAUUUUAAUCAUAUAACUGUUGCAGUUUUUUGUUUCUUGUUUCAUGAAGAUUCAGGAAACAAGUUAUCCUUUUAAAAAGUCAAUCUUUGUAACGUUGCCAGCAGAAUAUUUUCAGAGAUAUAUUUGUCUGUUUGAAGAGCUCCAAAAUUUCAAUCCCACUUAUAAAGAUGAAUAGAAAAGGUGACAUUACAUUGAAUGAAGAGACAGAUAAGAAUACUGAUUUUCAAGAACAGGUAGAAGAAGAGAAGAAAACUUCCGAAGGACAGAAUGUUGGAGAAGAAGACGGCAUGGACUGUCAAAAUGAAGAAGGAGCGCACAAAAAGAGAUCUCAAAGACAAGAAGAGGACAAAUUACUAAACCAUUUACGGCAUAUUUCCAAAACUGUUGUUAAGCCUGGGGAGUGGGGAACUAAACCUCAAGAUUUUGCAGAGUGUAAAGUGAAAAUAACAGAUGUUUCAUUUGAAGGAGUAGAUGUAGAUCCAACUAGUUGUUACUUCAGUAAUUCCUUUAAUGGAAUAAUAAAAAUUGGAGAGGCAGAUAAUGACCUGGAUCGAUUGCUAGAGUUGUGUGUUCAGUGUAUGUUCUUGAGAGAAACCAGUCAUUUUGUGAUAGAAGUGCCAACAAAACCUCUUUGCCAGUCAAAAUAUGAAACUAGACCUAGCAUUAAGGGCAACAUAAAAUGUAUUCUAGAACUUGAGGAGUUACAUAAUGAUGAAUUGUUGUUUGAUUGGAGCAAAGAGAAGAAAUUUUCUAUAGGAACACAAUAUAAGGAGCAAGGUGUGAAACUUUUUCGUGCUGGUCGUAUCAUAGACUCCUUCAUAAAAUUUAGUAAAGCUUUCAAAAUUAUUGUUACUAUAGGUUCUCUAGAAUCUUUAUCCAGGAAGUCACCUCUAGACAAAGACAUUCUAUCACUGCGAGUUAACUUGCUAAAUAAUAUGGCAUCAUGUCAGCUUCAUCAGAAGAAUUUUCAUUACGUUAUUGUACUAUGUCAGAAAGUGUUAAAAAUUGAUCAAAAUAAUGUGAAAGCCCUAUAUAGGAAUGCCGUAGCUUGUAAAGAACUCCAUAAUUAUGAAACAGCUGAAGACAAUUUGAAAGCAGUUUUGAAAAUUGAGCCUAAUAACACUGCAGCAAAAGGAAGGUUGCAGGAAGUGAGAGAAGUUACAAAAGAAAUGAAUGAUCGAUAUGCAGCAGUUGUGAAAAAGAUGUUUAAAUAGGAACGUAUCAGAUUUUGUCACAUUGGCCAUAAUAUUCCUAUCUGUUUCAUGUUUCUCACAGGCAUAAAUGUUGUCUUUGAACUGUUGCAGUUCAACAAAGGAUAGGGAUAUUUGUAACUAGUAUCCAGACACCAAAAUAUUUUUCAUUUAAUUCUCCCCAUUUCCCAGAGAAGACUAUGCCAGCAAGCUAACUGCACAGCAGCUACAUUACCACAAGUCCACAACAAUGAGUUAAUGUAUUUUCAGUACAUGAACAUGCUAGUGUGGAACUAGUUACUAUUACAUUAUUGUGUUUUGUUGAAAUUAUUCUGAUAUAAUGUGAUCAGUCUUUUCAUUGAAAGUGUGGAGCUUCCACAAAAGUUCAGUGAACCACAGUGUGUGAAUAGCUGCUAUCUGUUUACAGAGCAGAUUAGUCUUUUUUAUCAAAUUGCAUGAAUUUUGUAAUCGUAAGAAGACAAACCAUUAUCAACACAAUAAGAUGAACCAUGUUUUUAAAACUUUGUGUAAUGUGGCUAGUUUUUAAGCUCUUGUAAGUCACUAGUGAGAACUUUGUUUGUUAAAUCUAAAGCUUUCUAAUGCAGAAACAAUAAUUUUUGAAGAAAUUAAAAUCUUAGUGAUAUAGAGAGUAUUUUAGGAAAUGCAUACAGAAAGUGGCAGUUCCUUUAGAACAUAUAAAAGAUGAUUUGCAGAGCCAGAUAUUCAGGCAAGCAAAAAUGUGGAAGCAGUGAAAUGCAUGUGUGGGAUAUAAGUAAAAUAAGUUGUCUUGUUGAUGAGAAGAAUCAGCCAUUUACUGAAAGGACCAUCACCUCUGUGCUAAUAGUCAUCAUUUGUUUCCAUUAUAAAUCAAACUAUCGCAAUCAGUUUAUUGUAUUUAGCAGAUCUCCGAGCAUACUUUUUGGCAUCUCCAAGUAUACUUUUUAACAUCUGCUUUUGAAUUUCACACUGUCCUUCCUUCUUUUCUCUGAUUCAGUUCUAAAAGCAGCAUAUCCUCACUCAUCUGUAGGACUAUUUUGGACAUAGCAGCGAUACUUACGUUCUAGAACAAGCUUUUAUAACUAUAUUUUCCCCAGCAUAUAUUUUUUGUUUUUCACCUCUUCACUUACAAUUAGAUGUGUACAAAUUUUAAUUGUAAAUAAUGUAAAAAAUUGAAUUUAUGGAAAUGAAUAGUCAUUUCUGUGUUUUUUAUAAA